AUGAGGAGCGCGUCAGCUUUGUUCUUCGCGGCGCUGGGGGGGGCAGGAUUCUCUAUCGGCGGUGCGGAGGCCGCAGGAGGGUUUUUCGCUUCCUCUUCGCCGGCCGGCGGGGCGGCGGCGGCGCGACCAAGAGGAGGCUUCUUGCCCGGAUGGGGGCUUCCUCGUCACGAGAGCGUCCUCGAUAGGGUGGUGCGGCUGCGAGGGGGAAUGCAGCUUUUCGUCAAGACGCUUACGGGGAAAACGGUUACCGUGGACGUUGAGCCCGGAGAUUCUAUCGAGACGCUCAAGCACAAGAUUCAGGAGAAGGAGGGCAUCCCGGCGGAACAGCAGCGCAUCAUCUUCGGCGGGAAGCAGCUGAGCGGGGCGGACAAGCAGCUCAGCGACUUCGAGCUCGAGGAGGGAAACACGUUGCACCUUGUGCUGCGCCUGAGGGGGGGACCGGAAGACGACGUCCCCUCCCCGUGGCGUUCUGGCUCCAGCGAGGAACGGCGAGGGCUGGGAUGGUUCGGCUGGAGGACCACGACUGCUGAGGCGUAAACAUUUUUCUCAGUCUUGUUCGGUUGUCCUCGUACUUGCGUCGGCGGGUGCUGCGCGCUUUUUGGUGUGUGUGUGUUGUGGGGGGCGGGGAGAGUGCAUAUUGGGUCGAUUUGAUGCGUAGAUGGUAGAGCCGGGAGGUGGGGGGGGGGCGGGAUAGAGAGUGGACACAAGGAUUUCUUUUUUUGUGGUCGUUUUUUUCUUUCUUGUCCCUCUCGUGGAAGGAUGUGUGUCACAAUUUUGUUGUAGUUUGCCUGCUAGAGAGAGUCAGCAAGCUUUACCUUCUUGAUUAAACUCUUACCCUCGCCAGAGAAAGUGCUCCAUCACUAGCAACCUGAUGUUGGCCUGCUGGAACCAUGAAACAAACAAGAUAGCCCAUGUUCGCACGUCUUUCGUUCACUCGAAGCAUCUUGCAUGCUCUUCUUGGAGAGAGAUUCCUAGACCACCUGUGGAGUAGAUUGUCGUCGACAGCGCCUCGUUGAGACAUGGGUCCUUGUGACGUCGUGACGUCCACAGCAGGGAUCGAGUACCUCCGGGCGGACUACCGUGUUCACUGCACGGAUGCCAAACACGAGGCC